GCAAAACAGGAAGCGGAAAUCUAAAGAGCAGGGAGAAAACGCGGAAGCGUACUGACUGUUGUUUAAUAUCCAGCCUUUGUGUUUUAGUUUUGUGUUUAGAUGUAAAGGGCGAACAUGGCAAUGUCUUAGUUACAAACCUUGCAAGGUAUAUUUAUAUAGAAAAAGGAUAUUAUAAUUGUAGGAACCUGCCAUGUUUUGUUUUGUGUGAGAAUCUCUGUCGGCUUCAUUAGCUGUGUAGUUUAGCUUUCGUGUUGCUGCGCUAACCGGGCCUGUUCAAUUUCUCUUAAAACUUCCCAAUUCUCCGCUAUGGCUGUAUCUGACUUUCAGUAAACGCGAUCGUUGAUCUUUACAGGACAGUCAUCUCCAAGUUAAGCACCGCCAUAUUGUGCUGUUCAGUUGUACGAUUCAGCUAGUGGAUGAUGUAUGCCCCCACGGGAAGUGCUCACCCUGGAGCCCGCAGGAGACGAGGCGGGCCUGCUAUUCCCAAGCAACCGGAACGCAGUCUGGCGUCCGCAUUCCCUGGUGCACUCUCCAUCACAGCACUGUGCACAGCCCUGGCUGAACCAGCAUGGCUGCGUGUGCAUGGAGGAACCUGCCCCAGACAGGAGCUUGGGGUGGCCGACGUGCUGGGAUAUAUAGACGAAAAGCUAAUUGAAGACUACUGUAUUAAUUCCCAGACAAUUCUACUGUUGCGAGUCAUUGCCGCCUUCUGUUUCUUGGGCAUCUUGUGUAGUCUUACAGCUUUUCUCCUGGAUGUCUUUGGGCCUAAACACCCUGCUCUGAAAAUUACACGCCGAUAUGCCUUUGCUCACAUUUUUACAGUGCUCCAGUGUGCCACUGUGAUAGGCUUCUGUUAUUGGGCUUCAGAGCUAAUCCUCAUCCUGCAGCAGCAACACAAGAAGUAUCAUGGCUCCCUCAUCUAUGUGACAUUUGCCAUCAGCUUUUAUUUGGUGGCUGGAGCUGGAGGAGCUUCCAUUUUAGCUACAGCUGCUAACUUGCUCCGCCACUACCCCACCGAGGAAGAAGAGCAGGCCCUAGAACUACUCUCUGAGAUGGAAGAGAGCAGUGAGACGUAUCCAGUUGACUAUGAUAUCGCUAACCAGUUCCAACCACCACCUGCUUACACACCCUGAACGAAAAGCAUUCUUAAGUCUUUUGUGUUGUCCAGCUUUCUCACCCCAUGCUUAAGGUACCUUUUGCAUCCUCCCAACAAAUAAUGGAUGGAGCCAUGUGCAAAGUCUGUUCAAUGUAAUACAAUGUAAUAAGUCAUCCACAUGUCAGCCUAAUACUCAUACAAUACUAUAUUACCAAUUUGCCCAUGUCUAAUUUCUAUUCACCUAUUUAAGUGUCCAUUGUGGACUUUUAUUAUGGCAGUACUUUUGGAAUGGCUGAUAAUCACUGGAAAAAUUUGUAUUUAUCUUUCAUUAUCAUAGUGUGCGCGUAGAUGCCAGUAAAGGUUGGAAAUUUAAACGAACCUCCUUCUAGGUUCUGUCAAAAGUGGCAUGCUUUACUAUGCACUAGUAACAAGCUAGAUAUACCCUGAGACUAGGCAUACAGAAAAUCUAACUGCCUGUUGGACACAUUGAGUAGGGUUUUAAAAAAACUUUAGGUUUCCUCUUCUUUUUUUCUUCUUUUGCUAAAUACUGCAUGUUGGUCUUUUGUAACAUUCCACAUGAAGAAAUGAUCCACGUUAAAGUUAUUUUGAAUUGCCACUAUAAUCAAUAUGUUCCUUUUACUUUAGAUUUUUUGCAGCUGGUCUCGUGUACACACACACACUUUGGUUUUUCCAUGAAACUGCACAUACACUGUUUUAUUUUAGUCACUGUUAACUUGCUUUUGGAGGGGAUGGCUGGUUUCUUUUUUUAAACACUGAAACCUAAGUAAAUUCUGCAUUUCAAUGAUGCCCAGUGUGUUUUAUAUUUGUUAUUCAUGUUUAAUAAUAUUGUAAAAUACCGAUUUUGCUGUUCAAACAAUUUACCUUAAUACUAGAAUUUGACUUUGUGUAGAUAUUUUAAAUUCAAACUUCGCAAAACUGUGUGUGGAACAAACAUCAAUUGACAAAAGGGUUGUGAAUUAAUUAUUAUUAUUAUUUCUUUUUCUUUUAGAUUAAAUUAUUUUCCCCUGGAUGGUCUUUUAUUUUGUGACGUGUGACUUUAAGGAAAAUGCAUAUAUUCCCC